AUGCAAGCUGCGAGCAUUGACAUUGCCAAAGAACCAAAAGAGGCACGACAGGACAGUACGCGCACACAAGAGCUUCAUCAUGGCGCAUCGGCCCAGACUAGCUCAAAGACCGGGAGCGACGUGCAUCUCAGCUCGCUCGUACAUGUCAAGGCUGACCGCAGACCGGCCAUCGACGCGCUGCCCAUCGAGAUCUUGACACACGUUCUUGCGCAUCUUAGCGCAGACGAGUUGAGUCGCUGCCGUCUCGUCUCAAGAUCUUGGAACGGGGUCAUCGAAGACGACGCGUCCUGGCGCAGCGCGUUCUUUCAUCACUUCUCUCUCGAUCCGGAUCAGCCCGCGUCUACCAUUGUUGCGCGCCGCUUGACCGGCGCCAGUUGGCGAGGCGAAUACAUUGCUCGCACACGCUUGCUAGGGCGAUGGCAUCGAGCCAAGGCAGCCACCAUCUUGCAUGACCCCCGCGUUGGCAUCAUCUCUGAUAUCUGCGUCAACUUUGAGCCCUCUGCCGCUCUGUCGGGGAUUGUUGAGAUGCUCACGCUGUCUCGAGAGGCUCCUCUUGCUGCCCGAUCGGAGCCUUUUACCGGCAAGAUCUACAAAGGCCGCAUCGAAGGCACACCCAUUGCCAAUGGCAUCAAUGCAGCAGCGAGCCUCGUCACUUGUCAGGCGCUCGCGCCGGAUGGCUCCAUCAUUGUCUGGGCUACACUGACGGGCCUCUAUAUCAGCCAGAUCGGCACUUUCGGUACAGGGAGGGCGAAUGCUCUCAUUCGCCUCGACAGCGACGAUGACCAGGCAGGUCUGAUCACGGAUAUCUCUUUCGGGCCUUCGCAUGCACAUCCCCAAACAGCCAUCACGAGCUUCGCGGUGUGUACAGCGCAUGGCCUCGUUCAAGUGUGGACCCUCGGCAAGCCCGAGACACGUACAUCGCCACGGCUCACGUGGUCGUCGGAGCGAGCACGACAGCCGUCUGGCGAGGUCGUGUCCUACCUCAAAGUGUGCUAUGCGCCGGCAGGAAUGGUCGCUGCAUGGGCAGCUACGGGUACCCUGACCUGCUGGGAUCUCAAAAUCGGCCAGAGCGCCGUAGUAGAUGUGUCGGAGCCCGCAAGUGGACCGCUUCUGAACGUGCUCGCUAUCGAUUAUGUAGACGAAGCGGACAAAGUGAGCCUACUGCUUGGCUACCAGCACGAAGCUUGCUUUGCGAGGGUGUGGCCUUUCCGCGAAAGCCAUCGCGACGAUCGGAUCAUUUGGAUCGAGUGCAGCCACCCACUAAGUUCAUAUUGGGCAGACUUUGCCCCAAUCGUAGCCGAUGGGCAUAUCUUUGGCACUUGCAAAUAUAUGGUCACCGGUGAUGACCGAGGCCAGGUCAAUCUGUGGACUUGGCCCGACACACAGGAUCGCCCAGCAUUACAGCGCUCUCUGGACACGAUCAAUCUUGCCAAAGUCACGGCUAUUGUCUGUACACCGCUGUUGGUCAUCGUUGGCAGUGUCGAUGGCAAGAUCUUUGCAUACGAUAUGCUCACGGGCGCUCGGAUGCGAGCAUUUCAGGACCGUGCUGCGACUCGCCACCCUGCGCGUGUCCUGGCGGCAGGCGAAGCCGAUCCCGAGCUAGAGGCAAGAUACGCCGUCAGCACGAUCAGAGCCUCCACGACGUCACUUGUCGCCAGUAUUGGCAGUCGCGUCCUUGCCUGGCAGGCUGGCACGGAGCUGCUCAAGAAGCCAAAGCGUAAAUCCAGCGGACGUUCAACGACACGGAUGCAGCGAUAUCAGAGCGAGCUAGAGCUGCGUCAAGAUCUUCGAGACCUCGAUGAGGAGCUUCGCGAGGCUGCCGAAGAGCAAGAGCAAUCGCUGGAUGCCGCCCGACGUUUCACAGGGGAGGGUUUGGCAGGCAUGACGGAAGACGAAGCCGUCGCAUAUGCCCUGAUGCUCUCCGCCGAGGAGCAAGACGCUCGUCUUCGCUUCCCACACCAUGACCAGCAACUUGCCGAUGACAUGGCCAAUCUGGCCUUUGAUGAAGACGAUCUGCCGUUGAGACGACGCGAAGACCUACCGGAGGCAGAUUCGCCAAGCUCAUCACGCGCACAGCCAGGCUCAUCGCUGCAAUGGAUACGAGCAUCGCUCGAACAACAAAGGUCGCUUUCCGGUUCCGGUUCGCCUUUAUCGCCCUCCACGAAAGUGCGCAUCUCCCCGCGACCGAGUCCACUCUACGGCCCUUUGCUGUCACCCGACUUGCCUGAGGUACCCGACAUGGAUGACGAGUCGCUUUGGCCUCUGCCCAGUCCAGUUGCGAUGAGCCCGAAUGCGAAUCAGAUGCACACGCCACGACGUCCGUCAGUCACGCCGCCAGUGCCUCGACAGAACUGGUCUGACAUUGCGCGAUCUGCAAGUUCGUCUGCUCGGGGCAUCAGCACCGGCUCGCCUUCGCCAUCUCUAUUGACCAUGUCUUCUCAACACGCGCGGCAGCGACGUGAAGAGGACGAUCUGCGUUUUGCGCUAGAGCUCAGUCUUGCCGAAGCGCAAUCGCGACCUAUUGCAUAG